UGGGCGAAUGCUAACGGUAUAUAAGCGAGAAUUCCUUCGUUUAGUUACCAUUCCUAAACAAGAAGUAGCAUCAGCAUGAAGACAGAUGUUCGUUCUACAUUACUUUGCCUCACUUUUACAUGGGUAUGCAUGGCACAUUUGGUUUCUUCUUCUCCAUUCCAACAUCGUUCCAAUGAACGAAGAAGUAUAAAGGCUUGUGGUUCCAUAUUGGCAGAAACGGUUAGAUUGGCUUGCAGCACCAUAACCACCACACCCAUUCCCGAGGACAAGAGAUUUGCUUACAACUACGAUGAUCUUUUAUAUCCUGAUUUGAAUCUUUUAAGUAAAUCAUAUGGAUUUGCGAAUCCGAGAUUGGCUUCUUCGUUCCUCUCCCAACAGAAUAAGAAGAGAGGAAUUGUAGACGAAUGCUGCCGGAAGAGUUGUACUUUCGAACAUCUUCUUCUCUAUUGUCCUACGUAAUCUACUAAUUAAAUACAUUUUUUGUAAUAUUUUUAAAUCGAAAUGCGAAAAAACGUGAACUAAUUUGAAUUGGAAACGUGAUUGAAUCUAAAUUUUUGUUUAUUUGAAAAUAAA